AAACUUCUAACCGGAUGUCUCUGUUGUACUUCCGCCAUCUUGACGUUGAAGUUCAUGGCGCAGCGAGAGUGACGAGGAGUGUUUUGCUGGCUGCUCUUUGGGAUCUUGAAACGGUGGAUAUAUUUCGGGGAGUCAUGCAGAAAUCCUGAAAUGAGAGUGUGAAAUGCUAUCACCUCCGGAAGUGUGGAUAUUCAUCGCUGCCUCAUUGAUGACUGUGUGCAGGACGCAUCUGAGGAAAAGCUGCUGGAUUCAUAAACACUUCUUUAGGACUCACAGAAACCCCUGAGCGUUGUUUUGUGGGUUCACAGAACGCACAUUUACCCCCUUUGCAUUUGGGCCGACAAUGGCUGAAACGGGCAACACGGACACGGCUCAUCUCGGCGCAGUGGUCAGGCUCAGAGAGGAACACCAAAAGGUGGUGAAAGACUGUGAAAGUCGGAUUCAGCACUGGAAAAAGGUGUUGGCUGACUAUGAAGCCCUUGAAGAUCGCCUUCAGACUCUCCCCGAUCAGUUGUGUUAUGACAUCAUGGUGCCAUUUGGUCCUCUGGCCUUCAUGCCCGGGAAACUCGUGCACACCAACGAGGUCACAGUGCUGCUGGGCGACAACUGGUUCGCCAAGUGCUCCACCAAGCAAGCUCAGAAAAUUGUCGAGCACAGAAAGAAACACGUGGGGAAUCAGUUGGACGAUGUGGCCAAGACCAUGAAAAACUUUGAAGCAAGAGUGGGGUUUGCAAAAGAUCUGGAAAGCAUGUCAGCUAAUACAGGGAAGUAUGUCGACAUCAGAGAGGAGGUGGGAAACAAUGACUCGCCCGUCACAAAAGGAAAGCAAAGAAUAGCUCACAAGCCAAAUUCUCAGCCUAAGAUAGAUGUGGUGUUUGAUCUGAAAGAGGAGGAUGAAGAGGAUGAAGGAGAGAGCAGAGACACAGGGGGCAGGAAAGGCAUCAUGACUGAGGAGGAGCUGUGGGCUCGAUUGGAUGAACUCGAGAGACUGGAGGAGCUGCAUGACGAGCAGGACAGAUUAUCUGAUAAUGCAGACAUGAAUGGUGAAGACACAUCAUCAUCUUCAUCAGAGGAGGAGAAGGAGGCAGAUGCUGCACCUCCGGUGAAUGGUCUGAGUUUGAAGCCAAGCUGGAGCUCUGUGCCUCACAGCAUACAGCCACUCACAGAUAGGAAAGAGGAAGACUACAAGGAGGAGGAUGGCAGCUGUUUGCCAACCAUUUUCUUCUCUCACACUGUUGAACCCAAGAAGGUGAGGAUAAACACAGGUAAAAACACCACCUUGAAGUUCAGUGAAAGAAAAGAGCAGAAGGAGCAUUCAAAAAGGAAAAAGAAGAACGGCCACAGUAAUGGACACUCACAUCACGAACUUCAUAAAAUCACCACACCAGCUGAUAUUUACAGGUUGUUCGUGGACGUGAAGAACGGGGAGCCGAUCCCCAGGAAGUCCAUCCUGAAGUCGCGUAGCCGGGAGAACAGCGUGUGCAGCGACACCAGCGAGAGCAGCGCUGCCGACUUUGAGGAGCGCAGGAUGAUCGGACGCAGCUUCAGCCACGAUGAGAUGACGCACAGCGACACCAGCGACGGCAUCACUGAGGAGGACAGCCCAACCGCGAUGCCUCUGCAAACUCCCAGCAGAUUUGAAGCUUUUUCAGGUACAGUGGUAGAAAAGGACCCGAUGCCUACAGCAGUGCCCCAUCUGACCAUCGUCCCACCUGCUUUACCAACCAUACUGGAGAGGAAGCAGGAGGAGGUUGCACCUGACGUCCCCUCGCCUGAGCAGGCGCCCAAGAGGGUAUCGAAGUUCAAAGCUGCCAGGCUGCAGCAAAAAUGACUUUUUGGGUCUUUUUCUUCUCUUUUUAACAAAACAACAAAACACAAGCAAUUGCCUCCCUUGUUCGGAUCAUCUUACAUCUUCCCGUUUCUAUGAUCAAAAGGAUACUUGUCAUGGCACUAUUAAUAAAUCUGUCUUGUUUCUGCUUCUCCUCAACCUGAUAGCUAGAACCAUUUACAUUUUCUCCUUCUUUCCCGACCCUUGCUGUUUGUAGGGAAGGUGACACUAGCUUUUGACACUUUGGAUGAGUUGCAUUGUUUUCUUUUUGUCAAGCAUUUGUUGCUACAGUGAAACUUCUACUUUCUUUUGACCUACAAGAUGAAUGUAUGUAUUCUUUUGUGACAAGCUUUAUGUAGAAAAGAAAACUGAUGGGAACUAAAACAAAAAUAAGUACUUUUACCCACAUCUUUUUUUUCACCUUGUAACGAACAUGCAGUUUCUCAGUAGUUAUAAAACCUUACUGCUGUUUGGGAGGUAUUUUUCUGAAUAAAUAUGUUAAAUAUGA